AUGGCUCCCGAUCCUUUCGGAAGUGGCAGUCUCAAUGUCAUGGAGCUCAACUUCGUCUUCUUCCUCAGCCACUUGACCUCCGUCCACCUCUGGGGGGAGUUGUCGAUGAACCAGCAGAUCUUGCUGAAGAUGCUCGAGAUGGAGGACAAGUUUGUGAAGAAGGCCUUGGAGGGCGCAACAAUGUCCGAGUUGGGGGAGAUCUCGAACAUGGUCUCCGGGAAAGAGGAGUUCUUCAAGGUCAAUAUAGAGCUCUUGUACAUGGCGUGCAGAAACCUCAGGACACGGUGGCGUGACGCAGUGCUUGUCACUAAAGUCAAGAAGGCUCUGUCGGGGGCCCUGGACGAGGUUUUGAAGAUGUCGAAGGGGGUGUUGACCUCGAAGGCGGACAAGCUGAACGUAUUCGAGUUCACCGAGGAGGAAGAG